AUUCUUUUUGCUGGUGGGAUUCUCUGUGAUUGGUAUGAGGUCCUCCGGCUGUAAUUAAAGCAUAUUCUAAGGCAUAGCUGGAGUCUGUCUUUUUUUGCUGCGCAGCAGGUUAGUGGGACACUAGAGAUCUAUUUCCCAGGUUUUAGUGUCAAAAAGGGUCAAGACGUUGACUGACUCAGCCGACAUCGAAUGGAGACACGCUAGAGUAUAAUUUGUCAAUGAAGGCAUUUCAAUGUAGCCAUUUCAGGGCGUCGAUUUGAGACGACCCAGGUAAACUUAAGUCAGGUGCGUAGGGGAAAAUCUACCGCAAUUGUUAUAAAUAAUCAUAAAAUGGUAAUUUAGCUUUAAAAAGUCUAACUUAUGACUUACAAUGCCUGGAUGUUACAUUCAUGUCUGGCUGUUUCUGUUUGCUGUAUUUGCAGAAGAAAUGAUUGAAGUUAAAGUGGAGACGGGCUUAUAUAGUCGUGUUGAACUCACUGGAAUGUCACUUCAUCAAGAUACUGUUGAUUCAGUGGAAUGGACCAAACUAAGACCAAAUGGAUCACAAGUAUGUCUUAUAUUUGUAAACAGUGGUACCAGUAGUACCAAAUGCUACAGUGACUGCUGUGGAAAGACUCAUUUCUAUUUGAACAAUAACACCCUCAUUCUGGAGAAUGUGACAACACAGGAUGAAGGAGUCUUCAAGGAAACUGUAAUCAAAAGAAACGGAACUAAAAAAAUCCAAACCUUUAAAUUAAUUAUUCAGUACCCACCAAAUGCAACAGAAAUCGUGGUCUCACGGAUCUCCAGCACAUCUGUGACUCUCAAAUGUGAAGUGAGCGGGUCAUUUCUGCAUCUGAUGUGGAAGAGAGAAAGAGUCCCCAUUCUAGAGAAACACAGAUACUCAUUCAGUGAGAGGAAUCAAACUCUACACAUCAGCAACAUAACCAGCUCAGAUUACGGGACGUACAGCUGUGUUGUUUCAAAUGCAUAUGGAGAAUCAGAACAGCACAUAAAUAUUGGUGAGAACUCAACUGUUAACCAAGGAAAUGGUACUAGUGGUCAAACUCAGUCUGGUCAGAAACUGCUUUCAAGUGGACUUACACUCAUUGGUGUUGUUGGAUUGUGCAUCAUGUUCUACGGCCUUUACAAAUACCAUCACAGGCAGAGAGCAGAAAAUGGCAGAACUACAGAUGAAGGGGAUGCAGAUUACACCAUUGUAAUUUAUCAGGAAGUGUCUGACUUUCAACAGAUGACUCCUUUGCCAUACGUCUACACAGACUUCAUUAAGCCGAAAGAGCCCAAUCAGUCCUCUGCUGCAACACAACACUUUGAGGACUUUGGUUACUCUGAGGUUGGACCCACAUGCAUGGCAGAACCAGAACUUCAGUAUUGUGAUGAGCAGUCCACUGCAUGUCCUGAUACUGGAGAGGAAUGACAAAUAAUAUAAGAGACUACAAAACAUGCUGGAGUUAAAACAGUCAGCGAAAACUAACACACUUUCAUAUUCAUGAAUCUGGUGCAGCACAACUUACAAGAGCAUCAGAGUCAGACAAGCAGGAGAAAAAUACAUGUUUACAUCCUCAUCAACCACCAGAUGGCAGCAAAAACAGCUGAAAACAGCAGUUCGACCAUGUACAGCCAUAAUUGUUUCUGAUCCUUAAAGGGUCAUGAAACCCCCCUGUUUUACCCUGGUCGUUCACACCUCAAAGCUCAAAAAAGUCUGUUAAAAUGGGCGUGUAAAGCUCUGGAAAAGUGGGAGUGUAGAGGGGGGGAAGAGGGGAGAGAACAACCAAUGAAACACAGACAUAGAGCACACUCAUUAUACAGAAUGAGCAUGGAGAAAAUAACAACACACUCCCAAGCACAAGGGAGAAAUGCGAAAGAAUAUUUAAUAGGGCUGUCAAUAAUAGGCUACUUUGAUUACGUGUACGAGCACUGCAGUCUCAAAAUCAGUCUUUUGUCUAUUAGAAUAAUUGUGUCGUCACGUUCAGAUAGGCUACACCACUGUAUCAGUGUCCAGUUUGCACAUAUAAUUCAUUUGAAGAAGACUUGAUGAAAUGUGUGCUACACCGUAUUGGUUAAUUUUUGGUGCAGGAGAAUGUGUGAAAUAUGUCUAUAAAAACUUUAAACACGGAUACUUUAUUCUGUGUGAGCUAUGAGCCACGUGGCUAGUGUUGUUAAACAAUGUAAAGCUCCGCGCUGAAACCGAUAUGCGCUCCGCGUGUAACUGUUAUAGCAUAACAAUCGUAUUUUUCAUGUGUUCGUAUUCAAACGUCAGUUCUGAACGCAUCGUGAACAAAAUACAAACAACACUCAUGCUGCUGUGCUGAGGGAAACAUACACACAGCUCGCGUGUUUAAACGCAGAGGUGAAUGAACAGCACUUUUGUGACAUUUGAAUUCUCUGCUGUAAUGCGAUCUCACGCGAACAUAUUUUCCAUUUUUGCUGGUAGAUUACAACAAAACAAUCCAUAUGCACCCAAACUUCUGCUCUGGUCGCAUCGCAGGAAAACGCAUUUUUGUGUUGUAGCACUGAGCAAACAACACCAACGAUAUGUCUCUGAAUGACAACAGAGGCAGAGAAGUGAUACUUCCUCAUGGAUAAUACCGCAAUUAUAAUCGUAUGCAUACUACAGCGCAGUGAUUGGAUUAAAUGAGCUUUAAGUCAUGAAUAAAUGUAGAAAUUAUUGACGUCAGCAUGUUCGACCAGCCCGUACUUGGAGCCAAUCAGCACUCCGGAUCUUGCCGGUGGUACACGAUGACGUCAGAUUUUGUGACGUUGCUCCGACUUUGCUUUUCAAACCGGAAGACUCUGCAAAAAUGCAAAAAUAACUAAUUUAAACUUUUAAAUAAAAUUAAUGAGUACUUUUAGUGUUUUCAAUGAUGUGCAGCCUAUACAUAUCUGUUCACAGCUCAAAAAAUGUGUUCUGGGGUUUCAUGACCCUUUAAAAAAAAACAAAUAGCAACAAUUUGGAUGGAAAAUCUUCAGAAUAAUCAUUUCAAUUACAUUCAAUAAGCAUCAUUCUGAAAAAGAACAGAAGAAACUUGUUUUCUCUCUUGCACUUGGUACUGGAGACCAUGGACGCUCAGGGCCGGACCUUUUAAAGACCCUGGGCAAAGUUUGUGGAGGCCCCAUGCACCACAUUCCUCUUAAUAAAAAGCACAUUUUUAUAAAACUUUUAUAUUUUUAAUAAUAUGUCCAUAUUAGUCAAACUUUAACUAAGGUAAUCUCCUAAUUGUUUGUGGAGGAUGCUAUGCUACCUUUUUUUUUCUUUUUUUUUUUUUUUUUUUGCCGUAAUUUGUUCAGUAAUUUGUUUACAGUUCCUGGAAACCACUUCAGUAAAUGAACAUCAGAGUUUUCAUUCAUUUUUUCCUAGCUGGGUAUGGACAUGAUUUCCCACUCCGAUUGAACCAUUAGAUAUCGGCAGUGCGCUAUAAACAAAUCAACUGCUAGUGGAAGUGAAAAAGAAACUACUUAGCAAAAUAGGUAAUUUCUUCAUACAUUAUAUAUGCUUAUUUUUAUUAUACAUAAAUAUAACAACAGUAUUUAAAUAUACUGCUAAUAGGUAGCGCCGGCCCAUUGAAAAUACUUGAUGAAUACAUAAAAGAACUUUUAUUUCAACUCCAUUGCCUUGGAAUAAUGUCAAGGAUACAAUAUUUGAAGUGACACACUGUGAGAGGUCGUAAGUUUCCAUCUUUACCCAUUAGUGACCGUCAUACAUAGUGAUUAGAUAGAUAAAUACACAAGUGGUUUGUCUUGCAUGACAAACUCUGUUAAAGAUGUAAAGAUGUAGCCCUGCCUUCUUCCUCUAACCACUUUUGAUUUCCUGUUGUGCUUUAAAGUGUCUAUUUUUUUUUUUUUUUUACUGAGGUGACCGUUUCGAGAGCAUUAAAGCGCAUCAUAUAAAGUACAUCCACUGAUUAGAAUGGUUUUAUUAAUGGUUAUAAAUUAUAAUAAAAUGGUAAUUUAGCUUCAAAAAGUCUAACUCCUGACUUACGAUGCUUGGAUGUUACAUUCAUGCCUGGCUGUUUCUGUUUGCUGUAUUUGGUAAGUGUGUAGGGCAGGCUAUAAAGACUUCUCUUUUUCUGUGUCUGCUCUUGUGCUAUUAAUGUACCAGUGCAAAUUAGUAUUUUGAUGUAUGUAUAUUUUGCUGCAUGUAUAGUAUGAGAGAAUACAUUAGAGACAUUUUUUUUUGGGUAAUUUUGGAUAAUUUGUUACAUUCUACAUUAAUGGUCAAUAUAUCAAUAGCCGCUUAUAGUCAGUCUUCUUUCAUUAAAAUGUUUAAAUCUGUUUAUGGAUGGUAUUGAUUUAACAGCUGAAGAUGUUUCUGAAGUUAAAGUGGAGACGGGCUUAUAUAGUCGUGUUGAAUUCACUGGAAAGAAACUUCAUCAAGAUACUAAGUCAGUGGAAUGGACCAAACUAAAACUAAAACUAAAUCAAUCACAACAAUGUCUGAAGUUUGUAAACAAGUGGUACCAGUAGUACCAAAUGCUACAGUGACUGCUGUGGAAGGGCUCAUUUCUAUUUGAACAAUAACACCCUCAUUCUGGAGAAUGUGACAGCACAGGAUGAAGGAGUCUUCAAGGAAACUAUAAUCAAAAGAAACGGAACUAAUAAAUUCCAAAUAUUUAAAUUAAUUAUUCAAUACCCACCAAAUGCAACAGAAAUAGUGCUCUCAUGGACCUCCAGCACAUCUGUGACUCUCAAAUGUGAAGUGAGCGGGUCAUUUCUGCAUCUGAUGUGGAAGAGAGAAAGAGUCCCCAUUCUAGAGAAACACAGAUACUCAUUCAGUGAGAGGAAUCAAACUCUAUACAUCAGCAACAUAACAAGCUCAGAUUACGGGACGUACAGCUGUGUUGUUUCAAAUGCAUAUGGAGAAUCAGAACAGCACAUAAAUAUUGGUGAGAACUCAACUGUUAACCAAGGAAAUGGUACUAGUGGUCAAACUCAGUCUGGUCAGAUUCUGCUUUCAAGUGGACUUACACUCAUUGGUGUUGUUGGAUUGUGCAUCAUGUUCUACGGCCUUUACAAAUACCAUCACAGGCAAAGAGCAGAAAAUGGCAGAACUACAGAUGAACUACAGGGGAUGCAGAUUACACCAUUGUAAUUUAUCAGGAAGUGCCUGACUUUCAACAGAUGACUCCUUUGCCAUACGUCUACACAGACUUCAUUAAGCCGAAAGAGUCCAAUAAAGUCUUUGGUUACUCUGAGGUUGGAUCCACACGCAGGGUGAAAACAGUUGUUCAGUAUUGUGAUGAAAAGUACACAGCUGUCCUGAUGCUGCAGAGGAAUGACGACUAAGCAUGUUGGAAUUAAAACAGCGAAUACAUGUUUAAGAAAGAAUAAUUCAUAAUUAUACACCAUUAAUAAAUAAAUAUCUAGACUAUUAUCUAGACUAGUUUACACCACAAUAGCAAAUAAAUGUAUAUAUAAUUUUAUUUGGAAAAAUAAACAACAUUAUUUGAAUAAUAAUAAUAAUAAAAAACUUCACUCAACCAAGGUGGGCUAAAAGCACUUGAUUUUGAGAUAUAUUAAUAUAUUUAAGAUUAAAUGGAUACAAAACUAUAUUCAUUCCAAAGAUAAAUUAUGGUGUUACAUCCCUAAUAUUAUUUUUGGAAAAGUAGGCGGUAUUGAAUUUCUCCUUAAUUGUAAUUUUAAUAUUAAUAAGCUUUUCAUAAAACUUUUCAAUUUUCACAAACAGGCACUGUUAUCGUGGAUGACUGUAACACAAUUUCUUCCCUCACAAAUGCUACAUUUGAAAUAAUGAAUACAUUAUACAUAAAUAUCUCUUUAGUUAACCGAUUUAGAAAAAAAUAUUUUGUUUUCACAACUUUUGAAUUUUAAUGGUCAUUUAUUUAUUCAGAAUUUUUAGAAAAAAAGGGUCAUUUUAUAUUCCUGUUAAAGGAGUAUAUGAAGGUAAUCAGUGCAAUUCCCUCAGAACUUAUGAAAUUGCUACACUGUAAAAAAUUACCGUGAUUUUAACAGUAAAAGACUGUUAAAAUUGCUGCGGUGAAAAACUGUUAAUUGGUUUACAGAAAGUUUCCAUACUAUAUACGGUGAAUAACUGUAAUAGAUCUA